UCUUAAAUCGGAAAAGAUGUGUAUCUAGUGGUGGACCGCCCUGCUAGCUCAAGCAAUGUUAGCUAGUCAGCUGCGCUGAAAUGGGCGUUCACUGCUGAGCCGAUACUCGACUAGGGGCCCAUGCGAGUGACAGCAUCGGGUUUUGUUGGUUUCAGUUUCAUGAAAAAUUAACAUACACGCUGUCUUUGAGCCGUGUAUGUUAUUAUCAGCGUUGGUCGUGAUAGGUUGCAGUUAAUGCGCAAUACUAAUGCAGGGGGCUGUUGCUAGCAAAGGCAUGAUGUUGCUAGCUCUCCAAACGGAUGUUCACUGAGGUUGAUGUGUGAGGCAAACCACAGCCAGGGAACCAGGAGCAGAUACACUGCUGUGAUUCCAGCUUUACGCUUGGAGACUGCUAAGAAGACUGCACAUGAAUGUGUCUUCAUGAUGACUGACCUUCAACUCUCCACUUGCUGUAACUAAGAAAUGGAAUAGUCCCAACUCUGCUUUGACAAAGCGUGAAGCAACCACUCCUCCUGACAUCAUCUUCCACGACAUAGGCCUGUUUGUCUGGAAACAAGUCAGGCUUUGAGCCAAUACCAGAGAUGCCCGUAAGAAAGCAUCCCUACAGGCUGAAGCCUAGCUACACCAACUGAAAGCAUAAGACAACCGCAUCUCUCUUUUUAAAGGAUGUGCUGCUGAUUGGAUGCUAAAUCUCAUUCUUCUUCCACCUCUCCAGACGUUGAGUGUGUGCCAGGGUUUACAUUGAAUAUGGUGACCAAAAAUGGUGCUUGAAUGUGGCAUACUGGUGCAGAGUAUGCUAAAGAGGGUGAGGCUUUUUCAGAAAAGUACAACAGCUGACUGAUAGUCUGCUGCCAAUAAUGGAUGCCAAGUUAAAGGAGGACCUUUUUCGAAGGUAUGUAACGGCACUGGAGAGGCGUCUGGAAGAUGGAGGUGAAUAUACAGCAGGGGACAGAGGGCGGCGUAAGGACAGCGAGGCCCUACUCUCAACAGCUACAGCUCUGCUAGGGGCCUACCAGCCGGAUCCUGGACAGCGUUUUCGGAUGGUUCGUUUCUACGAAAUGGUGGAUAAUUCUCUCCGCUGCCAGAGAGGAGGCAACAUCAGGAGCCUGGAGAGAGCCUUCAACACAUUAGAAACCAUCUGCACCAACCUCUUGCUAUUCCCCUGGAAGAAGGAGUUCAGAUGUAUUAAAACCUUCACUGGCCCAUAUGUGUACCAUCUGCAGUCAGCCAUCUCUGAUCCUGAACUCCGGACUCUAAUGCGCACCAUUGGCUACGCCUGUGACCAUGAUUCGCAGUUCCAUUUGCAGGAGCACCCGGGAGGCACAAAUCAUCUCCGGCAGUUGGCGUUCGAGCUCUUCUUGGCCCAGGCAGAGUGUCGUCUGCUGGGAGAGGUAGUGGCUCUGGCCCGUGGCUCGGCCUCAGAGCUGGAGGCCCUGGAACUCCGCAAAGGUUGCAGAGAUGAUGCAGCCGGCUGUGCUGAGGCGCUCCGCAGACGCGACAGCCUCGGGGCCGAUAUGGCUCGGCUGUCUGUGCGCCCGUUGGAUUUAGAGAGGCCUCAUGCCCACCACCUGAGGCGAGGUAGCCGACCAUCUAAGUCUGUGGAUGUUACAGAUGGAGCUGGUCACUGGCACGCAGCAGUCAGCAAGCCUGUGUUAAAGGCCUCGCUGAGUCUGAGGAAGGAGACUCUAUUUGUGGAUGCAGAGGAGGAUAUGAAGGAUGAGAUCCUCCGGCCCCUCACCUCAACGUCUCUCUUCUCUGUGGCCGCUCCUCAGUCCUAUAGCCCUAUUGCAGAUUUCUUCCCUAUUCAGUCACCUCCCCCGGCUGACGCUUACACAUCUUACCACCUGUCCUCUUUGGAUGAGAUUGACUUGUACACAGAGAGGGGCGUUGGGACGGGAGGAAGGCAGACCCCCUCUCGCCCUCCUUCCAGAGAGCCUCGGGAUCAAAGGGAUGCGUGGCUGCUCAAAGCUCACGGCAGUGUGAAGUGUCAGGGCUGUGGGCUGGCCUGCUCCUCUAUGGCCUCCUGCCAGAGGUGUGACAUGAUCCUCUGCUCUACCUGUCACGAUGUGGACCCCUCCCCUUGCUGUGGCCUACAGGACUACCACCCGAAAUCCCCACGGCCCCUUGACGGAUACAUUCCUGUGAAGGAAAAACUCUCCGUGUACUCAAAUACGCACUCCCACUCCCAUCUACAUCCGCACCCCCUCACGCUGACCCACUCACACUCCCACCCCCACCCUCACCCCCAGAUGGUGGAGAAACCCCUCAUGUCCACGAAGCUGUUUGCCAGCAAGUCUGUUGCCUUGACAACGCCAAAGGGAGGCAGCAGUGAGCGACUGAGCUUGGGGGGAUCGCGAUGUGGGUUUUGCAACAAGCCAGGGGCAUCCCACACCUGUGUGAACUGCUCCAAGGUGUCAUGUGACUCGUGCAUGGGCCUGUAUGCGAAGGAUAUUUGCACCAGAAAGAAUCCCCAGCACAGCUUUGUGCCCAACCAUCAGCUCAACUUCAAAUCUGGCACCAUAUCUCACCUGGUGUACCGAUGA